AUGGACUAUCUACAGCAGGAAGUUGAUCGGCAACUAGGACUCUGUGAACGGUUUCUAGUUGAGCCCAGUCCUUGGGUAGACUUGCAGGGAACAGAUGGGCUUGCUACCCUUGAGAAACAGCCAGCAGAAUUCCAUGGUGCUCUCAAGGCUCUUAACCGCCAAAUACAUCACCUUCCCCGUAUCGAUGAUCUAGCCAACUGCGAUAAAAUUCUCGAGGAUGCCUCCCUCUUGUGGAAGCUUCCCGCUUUUUGCAAGCCAACGCCGUUUUUAAUCGACCCCGGAGGUCAGAUCAGUCGAGCAAAAGCAAUCCAAUCUAGCCGGGCUGCUCGAGAUCCUACAAAGACUAGUGUGGACGAUAUCUGGACUCAUAAGGCUCUCGAAAGCUGGAUUUGCUCCAAGCAUUCCCAUAUUCUACUUGUUCAAGGGCAGUAUCUGGCCAUCAAAAGGAUGCACCGGUUCGGCCUGGAAAUCACAGUUCUUCUGCAAACAGAUGUUCCAACAGUUCUUUUGCUCCAGUCAUACAUGAAACCCACGGAAAACAAGGGGUAUGCCGAACUGCAGCCAGAACAAGUUGUACGGCAGCUUGCAAUCCAGGCCUUACAGCAAGUCUCGACUCCAACGCCAAUAAUUUUUCUUGCCAGAGCAGUUGAGCUUUUUCAGCGGGCCAAAUCGCUCAACGACUGGCUCAAGGUCUUUCGCUUCGCCUCGUCUCAACUCGCCCAUAUACACGUCGUUUUGGAUCUCGGAAUCCUAAGUCAUGAUCCUAACGCUAUCGCUCGUCUGUCGACGGCAUUGCAUGAUCUAGUGCACGACUGCCAGCUGCAAUCGCCGUCAACUAUUCUGAAAGUCAUGCUCUUAACACCUCGGCGAACCGAGUUGUCAGAAAGCGAUCUAGUCUCUCUAUUACCGGUUGGCCCACUCAAAAGGCUGCCUCAGCCGAUGACUCUGGCAUCAUUGAAACAGAGGCUUGUCUCGACACUCAAAGACAGAAAACUAAACCUACCAUCGACAAGUGCAGUAACCGAGUCCUACAGCAAAGUCCUUUCGCCGAAAAUGGACAACAGACACAGCAUUUCCAAGCCCAUUGUUCAAGCCUUUCAACUUGGUCAAAAACCUGGCCAAAAGCCUCAAUCAAGCGACGUGGAUCAUACGGUCCUCUUACAAGUACAAGCCUCAAACGCCAAUGGGGAUAACCGCACACCCACCGAUUUAGCUACCGACCAGAGCUUCCAGGCCGAUUUUGGGCGGUGUACGAUUGGAAGUCCCAACUCUAAUGAUCUUUUGACGAAAGCUCAAAGUAAAGAUAACCCGGUAUCCGAAAUCACAUCUCCCGCAGGCGGUUACAAUCGUAACAGUAUCACAGUCGCAAUUGUGUGUGCCCUCACGUUAGAGGCAGACGCAGUGUGUGCUCUCUUUGACGAACAUUGGGAUGACGAUGUUGUAGCGGACCUCGUCGCACCUGGAGAUACAAAUUCGUACUCGAUGGGGAAGAUUGGUCGCCAUCAUGUUGUUCUCAUUCACAUGGCGGGGAUGGGUAAAAGCUAUUCAGCGACAGCAGCUGCGUACUGCAAGGCCAGCUUUCCUGGCAUUGGCGUUGCCCUGCUGGUUGGCAUCUGCGGAGGGGUCCCAAAGGCUACGGCAAUGGGGAUCCCGACCAUUGUACUCGGGGACGUUAUUAUCAGCGAAGGAGUCAUCCCUCUUGACCUCGGAAGACAAUACCCUGAUAUGUUCUUGAGAAAAAACGGCAUGAUGGAUGUUCUGGGAAGACCGCCGACCGUUAUCAGGGCAAAGCUUGCCAAGUUACAGACCCGCCACGAUAGGAAAUCGUUGAACGAAAAGAUAUCCAAAUAUCUCAACGACUUAGAAGACGAAUUUGGCGAUGGGAUACGCUACCCGGGAACCACUGAGGACAAGCUCUUUGAGGGCAACUACCAGCACAAACACGACGCAUCCUUUGGUUGCUUGAUUUGUAACGACAAGACCAAGCACAACUCGGUGUGCGAGAAUGCAAGGACGUCAACUUGCGAUGAGCUCAACUGCGAUAACACUAGGCUGGUUCUUCGUGAGCGGCUCAGUAAUGUUGAUACAGUCCAACCCAUUAUUCAUUUCGGCCUGGUGGCUUCUGGGGACCAGGUUAUGAAGUCAGGGGAGCACCGAGACCAAAUCGCAGCAAGAGAGGGGGUGAUAGCGUUUGAAAUGGAGGCCGCUGGGGCCUGGGAGCAUUUCUCAUGCGUCAUUAUAAAGGGGGUUUGUGACUAUGCUGACAGUCACAAGCACAAGAAGUGGCAGAACUACGCUGCCGCCACGGCAGCCGCUUGUAUGAAGGCCUUCCUUGACAAGUGGAGCUUCCGUGCCUGA